AUGAUGAGAUAUCUACUCCAGUGCCUCCUUCUUCUCGGACAUUAUGGACUCUAUGAAAGUAGACGAAUCGUUAUUGUCCCCGUGCCGAAUGUUAGCCACACUAGCUACCUUACUAACGUUGCAAGAGCUCUGGUGGAUCUAGGCCAUGAAGCUUGGGUGUGUAUGCCGGCUUACGUGGCUGACCAGCCUGUUUUCAAUAUUACGGGUGUUCAUGUCAUCAGAUAUUCAAGUAAUGAAAUCAAUACUGUGGACAGUUACAUGAAGUAUGUCAGAGACGCUUACUGGAAAGACGAAAACGUUGACAUACAGCGAAUGAUUGAUAUUUUAUUCGAACAUAUCGAGCAUAUGAUAACAGAUAGGGAUUUGGAGAACGCAAUCAGAGCUAUUCAGCCGGAUCUGAUGAUCAUUGACAAUCCGCCUACCAUGAGGAUGAUCGCCGUGUUGGCCUACAAGCUGGGAAUACCUUUCGCUUUUGUUGGAUCCAUGUACGAUCCUAUCGGAUACCGUGUUCCAUUCACACCAGCCACUUUGCCUUCAGCUUUAUUUCCAUAUACCGAAGUUAUGAGUUUCUUUCAACGAUCUGUUUCCUUUGGAGUGUAUGCUAUUAUGAUCCUCUUCGAAAUAUUUUCUUACACAGAUGCGGUGUCUCGCUUUGCUCCGGAAAAGCCAUAUUUGCCAAUAAGGGAGCUCACGUCAAGAGCAGAAAUUGUGCUUAUCGAAAGUGAUCCUAUUCUUGACUAUCCUAAAGUUUCUCUGCCGAAUGUGAAACUAAUCGGUGGCACAUCUGUCUCAUAUGCCAUGCCAUUGCAGGAGCCGUUCAAAUCAUUUGUUGAUCAGGCAGAACUGGGCGUGGUUGUUGUUGCCUUUGGAUCUUAUAUUGUGGAUAUUCCCCAAAAGGUCUCGGACAAGCUAAUCGCUGCUUUCAAGCGAUUGCCGCUUAAUGUUGUAUGGCGUGUCAACAUGGUGUCUCCAGAUCCUGACAAAAUUCUGACAUCAAGCUGGAUUCCUCAAAACGAUCUUCUUGGGCAUCAUAAAGUCAAAGUGCUUGUGACACACUGCGGACAGAGUAGCCAGUAUGAGGCCUUAUUUCACGGUGUUCCAAUGUUGUGCAUGCCGAUAUUUAUGGACCAGCCGUACAACGCCGAAAGAACUCGGUCAAAAGGGUUCGGUUUGACCCUUGAUCUGAAGAGUUCAACGACAGAUGAAAUAUUUUCUAAUGUUAUGGAGUUAUACACUAAUCCACAGUACAAAACACAUAUUAGAACUGCCUCAAAGUUAUUUAAGAUCAAUUACAAGCUUCCUAAAGAGCAGGCAGCCUUCUGGUUGGACCAUGUAUUGCAACAUGGUGGAGAUUAUAUGCGAUCGCUUGGACAAACAAUGCCUGGAUACCAGUUCUAUUCACUUGAUGUGUUAGCAUUUUGUCUGUUAAUAAUAUCUCUGUUAAGUAUAUGCUGUUUUUACGUCAUCAAAACGUGUAUUAGUAGAUUGACCGUCCUUAUAUCAUUCAUUUCAUGUGCUGUUCUGACCCAAAAACAUCGAUGA